CUGGCACCAGCUUCGGUGCCUUAAGCUCCUCAACUUAUUACUCACGCGUCUCUCUCACAUUCAAACACCUUUAUAAAUACACCCCCUCGUCUCUCUUAACCCUACACCAUCAAAAAUAACUCACAUUUUUCUUUCUAUAAUCCUCUGCAUUUCUGAUAAUUAAAAAUGGGCUGUUCUUGCAAAAAUGGAGUAUCCAUGGCUGUUCUGGUAAUGGGCAUGUUCAUGGUCGGGUCAGUAGCGGGUAAUUUCUUCCAAGAUUUUGAUUUAACAUGGGGUGAUAAGCGAGCUAAGAUAUUUAACGGCGGCCAGCUUCUUUCUCUGUCGUUGGAUAAGGUUUCCGGGUCGGGUUUUCAGUCCAAGAAAGAGUAUUUGUUUGGGAGGAUUGAUAUGCAGCUUAAGCUUGUUGCUGGGAACUCUGCUGGCACUGUCACUGCUUAUUAUUUAUCAUCUCAGGGGGCAACACAUGAUGAAAUUGAUUUCGAGUUCUUGGGAAACGUAACCGGUGACCCAUACAUUUUGCACACAAAUGUGUUCACUCAGGGCCAAGGAAACCGAGAACAACAAUUCUAUCUCUGGUUCGACCCAACCAAAAACUUCCACACUUACUCCAUCAUCUGGAAGCCCCAACACAUCAUAUUCUUGGUGGACAAUACACCCAUAAGAGUAUUCAGAAAUGGAGAAUCAAUGGGUGUUCCAUUCCCCAAAAACCAACCAAUGAGAAUAUACUCAAGCCUAUGGAAUGCUGAUGACUGGGCAACAAGAGGAGGAUUAGUAAAAACUGACUGGGCCAAAGCACCAUUUACAGCUUAUUACAGGAACUUCAAUGUCAAUCCCUAUACUUCUUCUAAUUCAUUCUCAGACAAUGAUUUACAAACCAAUGAGCUUGAUGCUCCUGCUCGAAGAAGACUGAGAUGGGUUCAAAAAUAUUUCAUGAUUUAUAAUUAUUGUAGUGACUUGAAAAGAUUCCCUCAAGGUCUUCCUGUCGAAUGCAGACAUUGAUGAUCGAAAUAAUUCUGGUUUUUUUUAUGGUUUUUUUAAGGUUUAAUUGUUGAAUAAGUUAGUAAAUUCUUUGUUUUGUUGUUCUUUUGUAAUUCUCUCAUGUUAGGAGAGUGUUCAUGUUUGUAUAUUCUGUUUCAGAUAAUAAAAUUUCUUGUUUUUUUA